UGGCGGCGGUUAAAACCGCGCCGAGACAUUUACGCAUCGCAUUCGAGGCAUCCGAAGGCGUCCGAAGUCACUGGCUUACAUGGCAGGCUCAGUUUCGGAUUCAGUUGGUUUAUCUUCAGCUCCAGCCUCUGAUUUAGGUUCCGAUUUCGGCGGUGACGGCGGUUAUAUUUACGAUUGUUGUGCAAUGGCAAAAUCGAUAACAGAAACAACGACGAGAACCACAAAAUCUACGACAGCAUCCAUAACUGCAAUACACACACGCAAAAGCACCACAACAAUCGCAUUUGUUUUGCUGUUAAUCCUCUGCUGUUUAUGUGAUUACAACUAUGGAAGCUGGGCAUCACAAUGCUGGAGGAAGCACAAUUCCGGCUCGAUCCAAACGCCAGAUGGAGAAUUUAAGCGACCCUUCGGCAUACUCUGCACAUAUCGCUGCUUUCUCUGGUUUCCGCCAAUCUAUCCGUACUGCGAAUUCAUAUUCGAUCUGCGCUUAUCGAGGCACUUCACAUCCUUUCCGGACUGCUACGAGAUUCGGUGCAACGAGACGUUCUCCUUUUUCGGCAAGGAGCCCCACUACUGACCCACUCGGCUACCGCUGAGCCACCACUUCCCCUCCCUCUUUUUUUUUGAGUGCUAUCUGUGACUAAGAAUUGUAUGCUUCAAUAAAU